ACUGGUCAGGGGGACUCUGGUCAGGGGACUCUGGUUGAGUGGACUUUGGUCAGUUUGACUCUGGUCAGGUGGACACUGGUCAGGUGGACUCUGGUCAGGUGGGCACUGGUCAGGGGGACUCUGGUCAGGGGACUCUGGUUGAGUGGACUUUGGUCAGUUUGACUCUGGUCAGGUGGACACUGGUCAGGUGGACACUAGUCAGGUGGACUCAGGUCAGGUUGACUCUGGUCAGUUUGACUCUGGUCAGGUGGACACUGGUCAGGGGGACUCUGGUCAGGUGGACUCUGGUCAGGGGGACUCUGGUCAGGGGACUCUGGUUGAGUGGACUUUGGUCAGUUUGACUCUGGUCAGGUGGACACUGGUCAGGUGGGCACUGGUCAGGGGGACACUGGUCAGGGGGACUCUGGUCAGAUGGACACUGGUCAGGUGGACUCUGGUCAGGGGGACUCUGGUCAGGGGGACUCUGGUCAGUUUGACUCUGGUCAGGUGGACAGUGGUCAGGGGGACUCUGGUCAGGUGGACUCUGGUCAGUUGGACGCUGGUCAGAGGGACGCUGAUCAGGGGGACUCUGGUCAGGGGGACUCUGGUCAGGUGGACACUGGUCAGGUGGACUCUGGUCAGGGGACUCUGAUUGAGUGGACUUUGGUCAGGUGGACUCUGGUCAGGUGGACACUGGUCAGGGGGACUCUGGUCAGGUGGACACUGGUCAGGGGGACUCUGGUCAGGUGGACUCUGGUCAGGUGGACACUGGUCAGGGGGACUCUGGUCAGGGGGACACUGGUCAGGGGGACUCUGGUCAGGUGGACACUGGUCAAGUGGACUCUGGUCAGGUGGAUUCUGGUCAGGUGGACUCUGGUCAGUUUGACUCUGGUCAGGUGGACUCUGGUCAGGUGGACACCGGUCAGGUGGAUUCUGGUCAGGUGCACACUGGUCAAGUGGACUCUGGUCAGUUUGACUCUGGUCAGGUGGACUCUGGUCAGGUGGACUCUGGUGAGAUGGACACUGGUCAGGUGGACUCUGGUGAGAUGGACUCUGGUCAGGUGGACUCUGGACAGAUGGACACUGGUCAGGUGGACACUGGUCAAGUGCACUCUGGUCAGGGGGACUCUGGUCAAGUGGACUCUGUGUCCAUCUGUCUGUCUGAGCUGAUUCAGUGUCCACAGCAGAGGAGACACUGAGGACAGAAGACUGAGGACACUUGAGCUUCACUUCGUCUCUGAGAGACUUUGUUUGGUCCCUGGUGUGAAAAGACCUGAACUCUGUGUCUGUCUUUGACUGACGCUCAGAUUUCACUCUGCUGAGCGUCUUUGUCUUAAUGGACACUGAGGUCAGAGGUCAGUGAACAUCUCACAGAAAGACCUCAUUCAACUAAUUCAGUCCACUGAGACACGUUACUCAAGUCUAACAAGGGACGCAACAUGUGUGGACCUGUCUCUGAUGAGGACGUCAUGUUUCUGUUCUGAUUUAAGGGGGCGGGCGUGGUAGUGGGCGUGGUAUUUAGGGAGGGGUUUAGGGCUCAGAUUGGUUCAGAGAAGAUGAUUGACAGGGCCACAGUAACAAUGAGAGAAGGGGGGCAGGACUCUGGGA